GGAAACAGUAGUCCGAGCUGCCGCUGAGAAGGGCUGGCAGCUGUCGGCCUCAUGAGAUUUCUUAGAACUGUUGGCCGCUGAGCCAGUGUGCAGCCAACAUGUCCAGCAGAAACAAUAACAAGCUGCCCAGCAACCUACCGCAGUUACAGAAUCUGAUCAAGCGGGACCCGCCGGCCUACAUCGAGGAGUUUCUACAGCAAUAUAAUCACUACAAAUCCAAUGUGGAGAUUUUCAAAUUACAACCAAAUAAACCCAGUAAAGAACUGGCAGAGCUGGUGAUGUUUAUGGCACAGAUUGCUCACUGCUAUCCAGAAGAUCUAAGUAACUUUCCUCAAGAGCUGAAAGAUCUUCUCUCCUACAAUCAUGCCGUCUUAGAUCCAGAUCUUCGAAUGACAUUUUGCAAAGCUUUGAUCUUGCUGAGAAACAAGAAUCUUAUCAAUCCAUCAAGUUUGCUGGAGCUCUUCUUUGAACUUCUGCGUUGCCAUGAUAAGCUUCUACGAAAGACAUUAUACACACAUAUUGUGACUGAUAUCAAGAAUAUAAAUGCAAAACACAAGAACAAUAAAGUGAAUGUAGUCUUGCAGAAUUUCAUGUAUACCAUGUUAAGAGACAGCAAUGCAACUGCAGCCAAGAUGUCUUUGGAUGUGAUGAUUGAACUCUACAGAAGAAACAUCUGGAAUGAUGCCAAAACUGUCAAUGUUAUCACAACUGCAUGCUUCUCCAAGGUCAUCAAGAUAUUAGUAGCUGCUUUGACAUUCUUCCUCGGGAAAGAUGAAGAUGAGAAACAAGACAGUGACUCAGAAUCUGAGGAUGAAGGACCAACAGCAAGAGACCUGCUAGUGCAGUAUGCCACAGGGAAGAAAAGCUCCAAAAACAAGAAGAAGUUGGAAAAGGCAAUGAAAGUGCUCAAGAAACAAAAGAAGAAGAAAAAACCAGAGGUGUUUAACUUUUCAGCUAUUCACUUGAUUCAUGAUCCCCAAGAUUUUGCAGAAAAACUACUAAAGCAGCUGGAGAGCUCUAAGGAGAGGUUUGAAGUGAAGAUGAUGCUCAUGAACCUCAUCUCCAGAUUGGUGGGAAUUCAUGAGCUUUUUCUCUUCAACUUCUAUCCCUUUGUGCAAAGGUUUCUGCAGCCUCACCAAAGAGAAGUAACAAAGAUCCUUCUGUUUGCUGCACAAGCCUCUCAUCACCUUGUGCCCCCAGAGAUCAUUCAGUCAUUGCUCAUGACUGUGGCCAACAAUUUCGUUACUGACAAGAACUCUGGGGAAGUCAUGACAGUAGGAAUCAAUGCUAUAAAAGAGAUAACAGCUCGAUGUCCUCUAGCCAUGACUGAAGAACUUCUCCAAGACCUGGCUCAGUAUAAAACACACAAAGAUAAGAAUGUAAUGAUGUCUGCUAGAACUUUGAUUCAGCUUUUCCGAACACUGAAUCCUCAGAUGUUGCAGAAGAAAUUUCGGGGUAAGCCUACCGAGGCCUCCAUAGAAGCGAGAGUACAAGAAUAUGGAGAGCUGGAUGCUAAAGAUUACAUUCCAGGAGCAGAAGUUCUAGAAGCUGAGAAAGAAGAGAAUGCGGAAGAUGAUGAAGAUGGAUGGGAAAGCACCAGCCUUGGUGAGGAGGAGGAUGCCGAUGGUGAAUGGGUUGAUGUGCACCACUCUUCCGACGAAGAACAGCAAGAAAUUUCCAAGAAGCUGAACAGCAUGCCCGUGGAAGAGCGGAAAGCCAAAGCUGCAGCCAUCAGCACUAGUCGAGUUUUAACUCAGGAAGACUUCCAGAAAAUCCGCAUGGCCCAAAUGAGGAAAGAACUUGAUGCUGCCCCCGGGAAAGCCCCAAAGCGGAAAUAUAUUGAAAUAGACAGUGAUGAGGAGUCCAGGGGUGAAUUACUUUCUCUUCGGGAUAUUGAACGCCUUCAUAAAAAGCCAAAAUCUGACAAGGAGACAAGACUAGCAACUGCAAUGGCUGGAAAGACAGACCGAAAGGAAUUUGUGAGGAAAAAAACCAAAAUAAAUCCAUUUUCCAGUUCCACAAAUAAAGAGAAGAAAAAACAGAAGAACUUUAUGAUGAUGCGCUAUAGCCAGAAUGUCCGGUCCAAAACUAAGCGUUCCUUCCGAGAAAAGCAGCUGGCACUACGUGAUGCACUUUUGAAAAAGAGAAAAAGAAUGAAAUAACUUCCAAACAAGUUUAAGGAGAAUGCAAAGUUUGUAUCAUUGCUCUGAAAAUUAGUAAAUCAAGAAUGUUUUUUUUUUCAUUAAAAAAGUUCAGAAGUACUAUAUUGUGAAAUUCACUGUAAA